CUCCUCAUUCCUCGCUCGCUACUCAGCAUAUACACGCGUUACGCGUCGCGAUAAUUACUAGUGCUCGUGUUAAGUGACCCUCAAUAUGAAAGCCAUAACGGCGGUGUGUGCGACUGGAGCGUCCGUUCCGGCUAUCGCCAGCGGAAGGGUGCAGAGGCACCGAGACGGCGAAAACGCCGAAAUUCAGAUGUAUCUCUCCAAACUACAAGAUCUGGUGCCGUUCAUGCCAAAGAACAGGCGGAUCUCAAAGCUGGAAGUGAUCCAGCACGUGAUUGAUUACAUCUGCGACUUGCAGUCUGCCUUAGAAAAUCACCCAGCGGUUGGACAGUUUGAAGCUGAGGCCGCAUUGGCGCCUGCGUGCGAUUCACCACCCAGGCCGCGACGAAGGCCGCUCGGACCUCGCCCGGCUCCAAACACAAUUCUCCCAACUGACAGAGUUCUAUCCUCAUCACUGCACUCGAACCACACGACUCCAGAAAAACAAGACCAACCAGAUAGGCCGACGUGCUAAGUGAUGAGUAGUCUUAAGGACAAUUAUAAUAAUGGUGAACGUCAAAAUACCUCGAGGUGCACUCGAUGCGCUC